AUGGCGAGCGCGUACAGCGAAGCGCUCAACGCCAUAUUUCAAGAGCUCAAAUCGCGCAAUGAACAUACCCGCCAGAAUGCCGCUGCACGCCUGCUCGACCAGGUCAACGCCGCCUUCAGGGAACUGCCGCCGGCAUCCUGGACGCAGUACUAUACUGAAGUCAACGCCAAGAUGGUGCAGUUCAUCCUCAGCGGGCAGGACACACACGAGCGCAUGGGGGGACUGUACGCAUUGAAUGCUUUGAUUGAUUUCAAGGGUGACGAUGCCGCGCAGAAGGUCACCAAGUUCAGCAAUUACAUUAAGAGAACAUUGGAAGGCAACGAUACCAGUGCCAUGAUCGUCGCAGCUAAGUGCUUGGGACGCUUGGCGACACCUGGUGGCGCCUUGACUGCCGAACUGGUGGAAGCUGAAGUGAAGCACGCGCUGGAGUGGUUGACCUCGGAACGUAAUGAGAACCGACGCUUUGCUGCAGUUCUUAUCCUGCGCGAGUUGGCUCGGAACAGCUCAACCUUGCUGUACAUGUACAUUCCGGGCAUCCUGGUGAGCAUUUGGGAGGGAUUGCGCGACCAAAAAGUGGUGAUAAGAGAAACCGCUGCAGAGGUUGUGUCCCAGUGUUGCAAGAUAUUAUCCGCACGCGAUCCACAACAGCGGCAAACUUGCCUCGCUCGACUGUUCGAGGGUGCUCAGGAUGGCUUCCGUCGUGGCACGGUUGAGUGCGUGCAUGGCUCACUCUUGGUCUACAAGGAACUGCUGGUGCAGGGCGGCAUGUUCAUGCACGGCAACAAGUACAAAGAUGCAUGCGAGCGCGUGCUUCUGCAGCAGUAUCGCGAACACCGAGACCCAACCAUCCGACGCACAGUAGUAGAGAUCAUUCCUCUACUCGCUGCCUACGCGCCGAAAGACUUCUGUCACAACUAUCUUGCACGCUCAAUGCAACAUCUACAAAACCUCCUCAAAGACCCGAAGCAACGCAACAUGGCAUUUGUGGCUAUAGGGAAGAUCGCACAUGCUGUGGGCUCGCAGAUCGCUCCAUAUCUCGACACCAUACUCUUACAUAUCCGGGAUGCUCUUUCUGUGAAGAAUCGAACGAAGCAUUCCGACGAGGCACCGAUCUUUGAAUGUAUCAGCAUGAUCUCCAUUGCUGUCGGCCAAACUCUGAGCAAGUACAUGGAGGCUCUGCUUGAUCCCAUCUUUGCUUGUGGUCUCUCGGACGCCUUGACCCAGGCUUUGGUUGACAUGGCUCACUACAUUCCUCCAGUCAAGACAACGAUUCAAGAGAAGCUCCUCGACUUGCUCAGUCGAACGCUCUGCGGACAGCCUUUCCAGACGCUGGGUCAUCCAACCCAAGGUAAAGGCCUCCCUCCCAUCUACACCAAGGAGUACAGAGAUCAGAAAGAUCCGCAGCAUCAAGAACACAAGGACCAAGAGAUUGCACUGGCUCUUCACACGCUCGGGUCUUUUGACUUCAGCGGGCAUGUGCUGAACGAAUUUGUGCGCGAUGUCGCUAUCCGCUACGUGGAGGAUGAUGAUGCUACCAUUCGCAAGGCUGCUGCCCUGACCUGCUGCCAAUUGUUUGUCAAGGAUCCCAUUGUCCAUCAGACCAGCCACCAUGCCAUUCAGGUCGUAUCGGACGUUAUCGAGAAACUGCUCACUGUUGGAGUCGCCGAUCCACAUCCCGACAUCAGGCAGACCGUUUUGGUGUCGCUCGACGCACGUUUCGACCGCCACCUCUCGAAUGCUGAAAAUGUUCGCACACUCUUUCUAGCGCUCCAUGAUGAGAAAUUCGCCAUUCGUGAGGCAGCAAUGACGAUCAUCGGUCGACUCACACAGGUCAAUCCGGCCUAUGUCUUCCCAUCGCUACGCAAAGUCCUGAUUCAACUGCUGACCGAAAUCAACUACUCCAACAACCCGAACAACAAGCGGGAAUCGGCGCAACUGAUCAGCCAUCUGGUCAAUGCAAGUCAAAAGCUCAUCAGGCCGUAUGUGACGCCAAUGGUCGAUGUCCUUCUUCCCCGAGCUUCAGAUCAUCAUGUCGAAGUCGCAGCCACCUCAUUGCGUGCUCUUGGCGAUCUCGCGGCUGUCGGCGGCGAAGACAUGAAGCAGUGGAUACCGAAGCUGAUGCAAAUCAUCAUUCUAAGCUUGCAAGACCUGGCUGCGCCCAAAAAGCGCGAAGCUGCAUUGUGCACCCUGGGUCAACUCGCUAGCAACAGCGGAUAUGUCAUCGAUCCAUAUACCGAGCAUCCGGAAUUGCUCACUCUUCUCGUUAACAUUAUCAAGAAUGAACCGCCGGGUGAUCUUCGACGUGAGACAAUCCGACUCAUGGGCAUACUUGGAGCUCUUGAUCCCUACAAGCAUCAGCAGGUGGUGGAGGAGUCCCCAGAAUCUAAUCUCAAGGCCGACUCUAGCGCCGAAUCAGACGUGACGCUAAUAAUGAAGGGUAUCACUCCGAGCACGGAAGACUACUACCCCACUGUGGUCAUCAACACUCUCAUGGCCAUGCUCAAAGAAGACACACUCAAGCAAUACCACUCAGGCGUUGUUGAAGCUGUCAUGAAUAUCUAUGCGACAAUGGGCAUGAAAUGUGUGCCGUUUCUCGGCACCGUUGUUCCAGGCAUCGUCGGCGUCUUGAAGGACGCCUCAAGCGAGGGGCGUCUGGAAGGAUAUUUCAGUCAACUUGGUCUGCUUGUGAAGAUCGUCCGACAGCACAUCCGCCCACAUCUGCCUGUCAUGAUUGUUGCCAUCGAAAAUCAUUGGUACAAGAGCACGCAGCUUCAGGCCACGAUUCUGAGUCUUAUCGAGAGCAUAGCGCGAAGCCUUGAGGGAGAGUUCAAAAUCUACCUAGCAGAAGUCUUGCCUCUCAUGCUGGGCGUUCUGGAUGCUGAUGGUAGAUCUGAUGCUGGACGGUCUGCCCAGCAACGUGUGCUCCACGCCUUCUUGGUGUUCGGCGCUAGUGCCGAGGAAUACAUGCACCUCAUCAUUCCCGUCAUCGUCCGCAUGUUCGACAUGAGCGAUGGACGUUUCCGUGACCGCAAUGUGCGGAAAGCAGCAAUCGAGACGAUUGGUCGUCUCAGCAAGCAGGUCAACAUCGCGGAAUUCGCUGCCAAAAUCAUACAUCCACUUGCUCGCGUUCUCAACGGCAGUGACCAGAUUCUCAAGCCCGCCGCCAUGGAGACACUCUGCGCUCUGAUUUUCCAGCUCGGUCAAGACUUCUUACAUUUUGUGCCAACCAUCGACAAGAUCCUGACUGCUCAGCGCAUCAACUACACUGCGUACAACUUGAUUGUAAACAAGCUUAAGAAGCACGAGGCUCUACCCCAGGAUCUGAGUCCCGACGAGAGAUACAACGACGAGGAUGAGGAUCAGUAUCCCACCGAGAUUGCUACCAAGAAGCUCGCCGUGAAUCAGCAGCACCUGAAGAACGCAUGGGAGGCCAAUCAGAAGUCGACCAAGGAAGACUGGCAAGAAUGGAUGCGACGCUUCUCAGUGGAGCUCCUCAGAGAAAGCCCGCAACAAGCACUUAGAGCCUGCACGAAUCUUGCUAGUAUCUACCCACCACUGGCACGAUCACUCUUCAACAGUGCUUUUGUCAGCUGUUGGACUGAGCUCUAUGAUCAAUAUCAAGAAGAGCUUGUUCGAUCUAUCGAGACUGCUCUCACGAGUCCUAAUAUCCCUCCUGAGAUCCUUCAGGUCUUGUUGAAUCUGGCGGAAUUCAUGGAACAUGAUGACAAAGCUCUGCCAAUCGAUGUCCGAACACUCGGAAUGUACGCCGGCAAGUGCCACGCCUACGCGAAAGCUUUGCACUACAAAGAGCUCGAAUUCAAUGCUGAACAGAAUGCAAGUGCAGUAGAAGCUCUCAUUUCGAUCAACAACCAGCUUCAACAGACGGAUGCAGCCUUUGGCAUACUUAGAAAGGCACAAGGCUACACUGAUGUUGAUCUGAAGGAGACUUGGUUUGAGAAACUUCAGCGCUGGGAGGACGCCUUGAUGGCUUACCAAAACCGCGAGGAGAUGGAAGGUGGUGCACAGAAUGCAUCUUUCGAAGUCGUGAUGGGCAAGAUGCGAUGUCUGCACGCCUUAGGCGAGUGGGACACACUGUCUUCCAUCGCGCAAGAGAGGUGGCACAGCUCGAACAGCGAAAACAGGCGCCACAUUGCUCCUCUGGCAGCAGCUGCUGCUUGGGGGAUGGGUCAAUGGGACGUUAUGGAUGAAUAUUUGACAGCCAUGAAGCAGCAUACACCAGAUCGCAGCUUCUUCGGUGCUAUUCUUGCAAUUCAUCGCAACCACUUCGAGGAAGCGCACGCACACAUCACCAAAGCGCGGGAUGGACUUGAUACAGAACUCUCGGCGCUGCUCGGCGAAAGCUAUACUCGGGCGUACGGCGUCAUUGUUCGCGUGCAGAUGCUGGCCGAACUUGAAGAGAUCAUUUCGUACAAGCAAGCAUUUAAUGAUCUGUCCAAGCAAGAUCGUAUGCGACAGACGUGGACAAAACGCUUGAGAGGUUGUCAACGCCAGGUUGACGUGUGGCAGCGAAUGCUCAAAGUGCGCGCACUCGUCAUCACGCCUCAAGAGAACCAGGAGAUGUAUAUCAAAUUUGCCUCGAUCUGCCGCAAGGCUGGCAGGAAUGGGCUGGCAGAGAAGAGUCUGAACAGUCUGCUCGACAUUGGUACAGGUACUGGAACCUUGACCACCGAUCCAGCUAGCUGGGAGAAAGUCCAACAAGCGCCAUAUGCCGUGCAAUACGCCACGUUCAAGUUUCUCUGGUCAACGGAUCAUCAUGAACUCGCCCUCAACUCUCUGCGUGGUUUUACGCGAACUCUCAGAGAGGACUACGAGAACAGCCAAGCUGCUACGCUGUCCAUGAACGGGCUGAAUGUAAACGGCGUCAAUGGCGUUCAUGCUCCUGUUCGUGCUGGACUUCUCACUGCCACGAAUGGAGUCAACGCACUGAAUGGCGUCCACAGCAAUGGUCCGUUUGGUGCAGCCAAUGCUCAUCAGAUGUCAGCGAGGGAGAAGGCAGAGCUCGAGGAGUGGCGGAUGCUCCUAGCACGCUGCUACCUCAAGCAGGGUGACUGGCAGGUCAAAUUGCACAACGGCGAUUGGCAGUCAGAGCAUGUUGCUGACGUCCUUGCCUCUUACCGCGCAGCCACUCGAUAUCAUGAGAAUUGGUACAAGGCAUGGCACGCAUGGGCAUUGGCCAAUUUUGAAGUCGUCACCUCUCUGACUUCUGGCGAUCGCGAGAACGCUGAUACCCCAUCGUAUCUGGUUUCAGAACAUGUCGUGCCAGCGAUCAAGGGCUUUUUCAAGGGCAUUGCACUUCAGUCGACGAGCUCUCUGCAGGAUACACUUCGCCUGCUUACCCUGUGGUUCGCGCAUGGCAAUCACCAGGAAGUCACUCAUGCUGUCACUCAAGGCAUCAGCACCGUCAGCGUUGACACCUGGCUCGAGGUCAUUCCGCAGCUCAUUGCCAGAAUCAACCAGCCAAACAGACUCGUCCGUGAGGGUAUCCACAAUCUUCUGGUCGACAUAGGCCGUGCACAUCCGCAAGCCUUGGUCUACCCUCUCACAGUCUCCAUGAAGAGCGACACGGGCAACCGCUCCCGGUCAGCGGCUCGCAUCAUGGAGGCCAUGAGACAACACUCACCCAAGCUUGUCGAGCAAGCCGCCCUUGUCAGCCACGAGCUCAUCCGUAUUGCGGUGCUCUGGCACGAGCAGUGGCACGAGGGCUUGGAAGAAGCUAGUCGAUUGUUCUUCGGCGACCACAACAUAGCAGGUAUGCUGGCCACGCUGGAGCCUCUCCACGAAAUGCUUCGAAAGGGACCCGAGACACUAAGGGAGAUCUCGUUCAUUCAAUCUUUUGGACGUGACCUUAAUGAGGCCCGUGAUUGGUGUCAGGCAUGGAACUCGUCUAGAGAGAUUGGAGAUCUCAACCAAGCCUGGGAUCUCUACUAUGGCGUUUUCAAGAGGAUUGCUAGACAACUGCCACAGCUGAUGAGUCUGGAACUGCAGUAUGUCUCACCAGAACUCAAAAAUGCGCAUGACCUCGAUCUUGCCAUCCCUGGGACAUACCAAGUCGGCAAGCCGGUCAUCAAGAUUGCUAGCUUUGAUCCGGUGGCGACGGUCAUAUCCUCCAAGCAGCGGCCGCGCAAGUUGACUAUGAGAGGCAGCGAUGGCCAGAAGCACGAUUUCCUUAUCAAGGGUCAUGAAGAUAUUCGACAGGAUGAGCGCGUCAUGCAGCUAUUUGGCCUCGCCAACACGCUCCUCGCAGCAGAUCCAGAAUGUCUCAAGCGUCAUCUGAACAUUCAACGCUACGCAGCCAUUCCAUUAUCGACACAAGCUGGUCUCAUUGGGUGGGUGCCCAACUCCGACACCCUGCAUGUCCUUAUUCGCGAGUACCGCGAGAGCCGCAAGAUCCUGCUCAACAUUGAGCAUCGCAUAAUGCUGCAGAUGGCACCCGAUUAUGACAACUUGACGCUGAUGCAGAAAGUCGAAGUGUUCGGCUACGCCCUGGACAAUACCACUGGCCAGGAUCUGUACCGAGUGCUGUGGCUGAAGAGCAAGUCCUCGGAAGCCUGGCUCGACCGACGCACAAACUAUACUCGGUCGCUCGCUGUCAUGUCCAUGGUCGGCUACAUCUUAGGUCUCGGCGAUCGCCAUCCCAGCAAUCUCUUGCUGGAUCGCGUCACUGGCAAGAUCGUCCACAUCGAUUUCGGUGACUGCUUCGAAGUCGCCAUGCACCGCGAAAAAUACCCCGAGCGUGUUCCAUUCCGUCUCACCCGUAUGCUCACGUUUGCCAUGGAAGUCAGCAACAUCGAAGGCUCCUUCAGAACUACGUGUGAACAUGUCAUGCGCCUGCUACGUGGUAACAAGGAAUCCCUCAUGGCUGUCCUGGAAGCUUUCAUCCACGACCCUCUCCUAACCUGGCGUCUCGGAACCCGCGAGUCUCCUCCCGAACCAUCCUUCCCAUCCGAACGUCGCCAAUCAAUCAUGCAGGACCCCAACGCCGCCGGCGGUCAUCCUCCUACCGCCGCCGCCACCACCGCUCGUCGACCUUCCGUCAUGGGCGGCGAUCCCAACGCUCCCAACCAACCCGGCGCUCCCGGCAACAACUCUUACCGUCCCCGUGGCAGACUCAGUAGCAUCGCCCCCGGCAUGAACGUUCAGCCCGAUGCUAUCGAGAAGGAAGUCCAAAAUGCUAGGGCUCUGCAGGUUUUGGCUCGUGUGAAGGAGAAGUUGACAGGGAGGGAUUUUAAGAAGGAACAGGAAUUGAAGGUUGAGGAACAGGUUGAGAGGUUGUUGGCUGAGGCGACGAAUCUUGAGAAUUUGUGUCAGCAUUAUGUUGGGUGGUGUUCUUUCUGGUGAAUGCAAAAAGCAGAGGAGAAAGUGGGAGGAUGAGAAUGUUUUGAUUUUGAUGUUUUGAGCGUGUGGCGUUGGUGGGCAUCAGGUCAGAUCAUGACGAUCAGCGAGGCUUUUUCUGUGGAACCUGGGAUGAUGAUGAUAACGGUACUUGCUAUGAGGUUUACACGAUGCAUAAGUAAUUAAGCAAGUGAGCAUAAUGCAGCACAGCGUAUGAGUAACGGCUUCUUGUC